AUGUUCAAUAUUAACAACUCUCAGUACGUGAAGACGGUGCUGGGUGUAUGCAGAUGCAGUUUAAACGACAUAUCCCAGAUUCUGGAAAUUAUGCCAGAACUGAGGGGUCCACCGGGAUCCCCUGGGCCUACAGGUGCCGACGGUACUACGGGUGCUCCAGGCAAAACGGGUCAAAUCGGUGAGCCAGGACCGCCUGGGCCUCCAGGGUCGAAAGGAGACCGGGGUGAAAGAGGGGAGGUCGGGUCACCAGGUACUGAAGGACAACCGGGGCCCAAAGGUGAUCCAGGAUUGGAUGGUUCAACGGGACCUCAGGGACCACCUGGCCCUCCAGGGCCUCCCGGACCUCUGACAUCAGCGCUCAUG